CCCAACCCUUCUUGUUUAAGGUUCGAGGCACAGGGAGGGAUGCCAAAGGCUGGCUAUUACUCGUAGUGUCCACACACACAUAUCUCGCUCUCUCUUGCUCUCUCUCUCUCUCUCGCUCUCUCCCUCUCUUUCGUUCCUUGUCCCUUUUGCGCUGGGAUGUUCUAAGGGAAACCUACACAAGGAGGAAAGGGAAAGAGAAGCCUUCCAGAGAGGUGGCACGCUUUGGACAUCAUCUUUUUUGUUUCUUUAUUUAUUUUUGACAAACAGCACCUGGAAGCUUCCAUAGAUAUUUCCAGCUCCCAACUGCCGGCUAUUUGAAACCGACGCAAGACUGACCUAACCGAAAUUUUACAAGACUUUCAUCAGGACUGACUCUGGAAAUAACGUUUUCGCACCAAAGACUUCGGAAAAAAGGAAGUCUUCUGGUAUUCCUUUAAGGACACCAACCCUUGAGAAACAAAGCAGUGCAGUGAUAUAAAGAUACAUUUAACCGUUUACUGAGCAGCCUCAAGAGACUCAGCCACGGCGAUCCUGAGACGCUUUAACGGUAUUAUUAUUUGUACUUGUACACCAACCAGAAUCCUCUUAGCGAGCGACACCAACUGGAAACAUCUAGGACCAUAAUUUUCUUUUAUCCUCAACAUCUUCAUAACGGGAGACCGCGUAAGACCUUUAAGAUAUCUGUCCAUCUCACUUACUCCAUCAACGAGUAGCUUGAUGGCAUUUUAACGUCAUUAAAAAAGACAGAGAGACGAUUUUCUUAGAGGCUUAAUUGAUAAUUCUUGUCGGAUGCUUGGUUGGAACGCUACUCGAGGUCUCUUAGUUUCACCCUUUCUCUCGCCAGUUGUGAGUAACACGUUUAAAACACUGAAUAACGAGACUUGGAUGUUAGUGAUCUGGUGAAGACUGUGGACAAUGCUGACGUUCUGAAACCUCAUUAUUUUUGGAAAUUCUUGUUUAUAUAUUUUGGUGCUCGUUACAGAAAGUUCAAUGACGGUGACGUAAAGAUUCUCUGACAUGUUGUGUAUUUCGGAAACUAAAGACGUCUCGAAGAAAGUUUCAUUUGGAAUGAUGUUUUUCCAUUUGUGAUGGAUAGCAGCAUCGUCUACUGCAAAGCUUAGAGGUGCUUGAACGUUUUCGUCGUCACUCGUCUUCCGGUCACUCGAAAACCAUGAAGAACUUAUUUGGAUUAAGAGCAUUGGUGAUUUUGUGUUUUCCCUUCGUCCUGGUGAGUGGGACAUCAUCCCUUUUCGAUGAUGUGGACUUCACCAUUGACAGCCACGAUACCGGAGGAAUCACGUCUCAAUCAAAAUCCAUCGGAUCCUCGCAGGAAUCAGGUGAAUCUCUCUUCGGAGGAUCCCAGAUGUCCCACAGCCUGAAAGAGCGAGAAGAGGAAGGAUUGCUCCCAGUCGAUGGUGGAAACCAAAAUGUGAAUUAUGUUCCAGAGAGCUCACUGCUUCUGGAAUACUCAAGGCAGUCAAGUGAGCCUUCCAGGCCCAAAAUAGCCUCAGCCACUGCAUCAACCAGUUUUUCCAGGCGAGGAGAGAAGGGGUCACUCUUUGAUGAAGUACCUUAUCAUGGAGCCUUACCCGGAGUAUCAACCAGUGAUACAGGAAAAGUGGAGGAACCCUCACUCUUUGAUGAAGUAGAAAGUGAAGUUGUUUUGCCUGAAAGAAGAGUUUCAGCUUCCUCGUCUAUUCCAGCUAAGGAAAAUGACAAGGAAGGGGGGUCGCUUUUUGAUGAACUCCCAAAUGCAGGUGCCAGCCUAACUGACGAUAAAGUGAGACAAAGGAGACUGUCAUUUCUGCCCUUCAGCAGUGGGAGUUUUGAAGCAGGGUAUAGCGAUCACACAAGCCUCUUUGAUCUGGUUUCCUUGUACCCAGACGAUGACGGUGUUUCACAAGAUGACCUGUUCGACUCGUUUUCCAGCCAUUUCAGCAAUCACCGAUUUGCUCCACAACUUCAAGGGGCAUCUGAGGAAGUCUUAGAUGAUGUCUCAACCAAAGAAACUUUGAAACUCUUGGCUCAUUCAGCUCACCAGCUGGCAGAAGCACUUCGUACAAGACCAAAGUUUGAUCACUUGUCAGGCACUUUACCACACAGCAUCCAGGGAGACUUUCAAGCAGCACUGGAAAAAUUAGUAAGUCAGAGCUCAUCUGAAAGAUAUAACGGACAGGAAAGGAUUAGUGGGGACAGUAAAAAAGAAUCUGUGUUCACUGCAGACGAUCUGUCAGAACUGACAAAACUCUUUGCUCCAACGUCUGGAGAAAAGGAGUCGUAUUCACUUAAACAAGAUUCAGUUGAUGAAGACACCCUGUCUGAAAUAAGAAAGCGUCGUCUUGAAGACCUGAAACUGGCUCUGGAAAUUGUGAAAGCUUUUAAUCAGCCUAGUAAAAGUGAUAGCAAAGCAACUAAAGAAGAUAAGAAAUUUGAGUUGAUGUUAGCGAAGUCGAUUUUUAGUGAUAGUGUUGAAUCUGUUGAUGAUCUUAACACAAAGCAGCGAGAUACACUUCACUCGUUGAUGGAUAUAGUAAGAGAGUCUCGUUCACAUUCUGGUAACCUACUUCCCCUUGCUCUAGACGCUGGAUCUAUAAGGCCACCAAACACUGGGUACGUCCUUCCUAGCAGUAACCCACCAUUAACUCUUUCAAAUCCUCCUGCUCCUCCUCCAUUUCCACCAUCCCCAAGCCCUACAAAUACUGGUUAUCUCCCCCCUAAUAGGAACCCACCAAUUACUCUUUCAAAUCCUCCAGCUCCUCCUCCAAGUCCACCAUCUCCUAGCCCUCCAAUCACUGGGUAUCUUCCCCCAAAUAGGGACCCACAAAAUAUUCUUUCAAAUCCUCCAGCUCCACCUCCAAGUCCCCCAUCACCAAGCCCUCCAAUCACUGGGUAUCUUCCCCCAAAUAGAGACCCACAAAAUAUUCUUUCAAAUCCUCCUGCUCCUCCUCCAUUUCCACCAUCCCCAAGCCCUACAAAUACUGGUUAUCUCCCCCCAAAUAGGGACCCAUCAACUACUUUUUCAAAUCCUCCAGGCCCUCCUCCAGCACCAUCUCUUACCGUCAUCCCUGCAACUGCUUACCGUUUACCACUUACACACUCAGCCGUUCACUCUGAAGUCUCUCAACAAAAUCCUUCAAACUCAUAUUUGCCUCCUUCUGCGGAUCCAACCCCUUCAGUGCAAGGUCCUCAAACUUCAACAAUUUUCCUUGUUCCAGUGCCACCAGCACAAGCUGAUCCUUUGCCUCCAUCCCCAUCACCGACUACAACACGACGACCUCCAAGGACCUAUCUUCCACCAUCAGACGAAGUGAACCUACUUAACCCAUCAUACCUACCACCUGCUGUGACUCUUCCCCUUCAGUCAAGUGAUAAUCCUGAUUCAUCUGAAUGGACGCCACUGAGCAACCCAAGUAACAUAGGUUCUUAUGUAAAUUCUGCAUCAGAUGCCGCUCUUCCAGGCAGUUCUAAUCAAUAUCAAAAUGGGAGCAGCGGUGGUGUUCAUUAUUUUCACUAUCACUACCACAUCUCGGGUACAAAAGAUGAGAUUUUCAACCAGAACGCUCAGAAUGAAGGAAAAGUGCCACUUGGCGAUGGGCCUAAAGAAUGUGGGCCAGAUGAUUUUUGUAACCGUCAACCAUUUUCUCAAAGCAACCCGAUGGACGUCGGAUCUUCAUAUGUAUCCUUGAACGAUGACAUAGUUCCUAGCAGGGAACUUCCCUUUCAAAGUCCCACUCUCAGUUCUGGUUAUGGACCACCUCCAACAACGACCCCUCCAUCAGACCCACCAACUCCUAUGUAUGGGUACGGCCCUCCCCCAACGACUCCUCCCAGGUUUCCGCCUUCUCCUCCACCGCUAACGUAUGGACCGCCACCAACACCACCAAGGCUUCCUCCUGCUCCUCCACCCGUUUCGUAUGGCCCUCCACCAACUACUCUUCCACCUUUAAACCCACCAACCCCAAUGUACGGUUAUGGCCCACCUCCAGCUACCCCUCCUAGACUUCCUCCCGCUCCUCCUCCACCAACAUAUGGACCACCUCCAACAACACCCCCUCCUAGACUCCCUCCAUCACCCCCACCUGCUACAUAUGGAGCACCCGUGGCCAACCCUCCCAUGGAUCCCGGUCCCCCAUCACCUCCUCCCCAAGCUCCUGGGGCUAAUAUAUUCUUAUUCCCUGUUCAGCAACCUUCCAAACCAGCACCUAAGAAUCCUUUUUCAUUAUUUGGGAAAUAUAAACAAACCAAACCGAAACCUCCCCAACAAAGAGCAGUAGUUGCAUAUGGCCCAUUCCCAAUUGGAAAUGCACCACAAAUUCCCAGAGACACUCCAAGAGACCAACGGGAUGCAAUUCAAUUGCAGAGAGAUGAUUUGGAACGGCAGUUUUUACAAAAUGAGCAAAACCUCCGACGGCAACGCCAGCAACUCCAAGAUCUAAAUCGACUGAGGUUGCAGAUACAAAUGCAAGAACUGCAAAGGGAUCAACUUAAAGGCAACCUUUUCAAAGCACUCAAGAAGGAUAAGAGUAGUGGCGACUUAAAAAAGAUGUUUUACAAAGGUGCCAUGCUAUUAGGAGCAAUGUCCCUUCUGCCUAUAGCUGUGGGUCGCAGACGAAGAGAAGCAUCUCUUUAUUCUUCCAAGUCAAAUUAUACGAUGGAGGAGUUGACAGGUCACCCUAACAUGUCACAGGUACAGUCUGUUCCUCUUGUGCUUCGGGGCAUUGCGGAGGAACUGAAACUGGAAGGUGCUGCAGAACUGACAAGUAUUUUAGAUGAUACUGAGUCGUUGUUGCCAUCCUCCAAAGCAAUAGAAAUUCCUUCUUGUCUUUCACUUUCGUUCUGCAGGCUCAUGUUAAGUCUGGAAGGCACUUCCCAUCACCGAGAAUUUCUGGAACAAUAUGAUACAAUGUUUAAUGAAGUCAGCCCAGGACCUUUGGUUACACAAGCCCUGAAAGAAGCCCACGAGAGAGAGACCCACAGACCUUCACCACAGCAACUGGGUUUCUGUGACGCAUAUUUUUGUCCAGCAACAGAAAUGGCCUCCUAACGUACCGUAGUUUUGCUGCUUCUCUUUUUAAUGUGGAUUCCUAUAGGUGGUUCUUAUGCAAGCCAUCACCUUCAUCAUUCUCUUACUGCUACGCAUCGGAAACUUCAGAUUGUGAGCUCCAGUUUCGUAAUGACACCAGAAGACGGGUUAUACUUUAUAACUUGAUUUGGAUGUAAUGUAAACAAUUGUGCUUUGAAAUGUUUUGCAUUUUACUUCACACGCAAAAUGUUUGCAUACCUGGACAUUUGCAGAAACAGGCAGUUUCAUUCUUGAUGAAGUUUUACAAGCUCUGGCUUUAAAACUUUUAUGCUUGCUAUUUAAUAAUGGCUUGAAUUUGUGGUAAAAUUACUACAAAGAUUCAAAAUAACAUUAUAUAUUUCUUGUAUCAUCAAGAGAACUUAUUUAAUUGUCCAAUUGAUAGAACGAAAAUAUUGCAAAAAAAAUAACGUCAGUGGAAACUCUUGAUAUUUCUCUCUCCUGUUAGUAAAAUUAUGGUGCCCAAAUGCCUACCACACUUAUCUCGAGAAUCCAAUUAGCAAUACUUAUUUAUUUUUGCAGACAGUCUAAAAUCCGUUUCAUUCAACAUCAAUUUUCAAAGUUGUUCGAUCCUUUUUCAUCCUAUUUCAUUCAUCUUAUUGCAUAUGUUUACAGACCUUUUUCGUGUUUUUCACUUCUAAUGCAAUUGCGAAGCUCACAAAGACAUGAGCCACAACGUUUUUAGCACAGUUUCACAUUCUGCUAAUUAAUCCCCGCUUGGAAAGUGCAUUUAGCAACCAGGGAUCCUGGUGCCCAUAAUUAUCAAAAAGUGUUAAACCAUUACUUCUAAAAGGGAAUGUGGAUUUUAUGGAUAAUAAUGUUUUUCCAUAAAUAUGAUUAGGAGUUUGAAGACGAAUAGCUAUCUGGUUCUACAGGAUAGUCAUUUCAUCGUGUGUAGAAAUAAGGCUUUUUGAUAGAUUCAUUCCUAAUUUCUCUGUGGGCAAGAACAUGGUUUCAUUCCCCCCUUUUUUUAAAGAUUAUGAAUUCUCUUUCAACUUCUGUGUCUCCUGACUCUUAAAUCUUCCUUUUUCAAGAAGUGGGUCAAUCACUUCCUUUCCACCCCCACCCCCCAAUUAAGAAAAUAAACCCAUUUAAGAAAUAAAACUAAGUUUGGGAAUAAAAUAAUGAAGUCACUAAAGGAUUUCUGUAUAAAAUCAGUGACGAAGUCUAUGAAAUGCCUACUGACGUAAUGGAAAUAAAUGAAGUGUUAAAAGCGCCUUAGCAACAAAUCCUUAAUAGAAAGAUAUGCUUGCCCGUCCGACUACUAGUCAGUCAGGACUAUAAUUAUGCUUUGCUUUGCCUGCUUCUCUACACAGUAAAAUUAUGACGGGAAAUUUGGUAACUGGAAUUUUUCCUUCACAAUGCGUCUUACAUUCAGUUUCGUACUUAAUUCAGUUUCUUACUUAACAAAAUUGUCUAAUGAGUGACACUGAUUAUUACCUUUUCUUUUCAAUCCUCAUCUUGGAGAGUCAUAGUCGAAAUAGCACAAAAAAAAAAAGAAAAAAAAAUCCCAGACUUCCUUUAAAAAGGAAAUCCUUCCAUGAAUUUAGAUUUUUGUAAGAGUACAAGUAUUAUGAUAAUCAUAUUAAACUCCAUGGUUUACCACCGAUGAUUAUCAUAGUAUUUAAGGGUCAAAACCUGUGUUUUUUAGAGAGUUUUAAUAUGUAAAUAGAAUUAUAGAGUUUUUAUUAGUCAUUUAAGAGAUAUGAUGUGUAGAUUGGGUCCUUACUUAAUGUUAGUUAUCUCUGAAAUCUUAAUAAGAGUAUUAUU